GGAAGCUAAAGACAUGUAUACGUGUCCCGGAAAGGAAUGCAGGGUAAAAAUAAUUUCCACGCAACGCGACUCUCUCUCUCUCUCUCUCUCUGUAGUCUGAACCCUCAGCCAAGGGAAAAAAUCUAGGAAAGAUUGUGGUUUCAUCGGCCAGGUUAUCAGCCACCUAGGCUUAGUUUCAACUGGUAAGCACCCUGAAUUUAUUUUCUUGACAUGUGUCUUUGUUCUCCAUUAUGAGUGAAUCAAGAUCAUGUAGUAGCUACUCAGAUAUUAGUUCAAUAAAUAUGUGUGUCCCUUUUAUCGUUAUUGAUGAUUUGGAGCUGGGUGGACCCAUAUUUCAAGAGAGGCUGAGAUGGGUUGCCUCAGAUCCAGGAAAAUCCAAGUUUUAUGAGUAAAACGGUUAAGCUUUUUAAGGAAUUUAUUGUGACUAUACGGGUUCUUUCGUUUUUCCUAGGUUGUUUCCCUUUACCCUUUUGGCUUUCUCCCCUUGGAUUUGCAGUUAAAGAUUGCAUUUUGGUUAUUUUCGCAUAUGUUUUUUAGGGGUUGGUGGCCUGGAUAGGAUUUAUGACUUCCGUGGUCAGUUUUGUGCCAGAAGGCGAAGAAGUUGUGCUUGAAAGAGAUAAAGGGAAUGGAAAAUAACAAGUUAUGUGAGUAUGGAGAUAUUGUAAAGUAACUAGGAUAGGAGACUAAGACAAAGAGUAAGAGAGUAGAUGGAGGAGAUGUCGGAGAUGUCUCCAGCAGUUGCAGUGACUCUCAGUUUGGGUACUUCUUUGGGUGAUAACUCUGGAAUCACAACUCAUGUGGAAAUCACACGACUCAAUCUGGUAACAGAUUCAGCAAAUUUUUUGUUGGAUCCUGCUAAGGUGGUGCCAGCAGAGUCUGUUUCAAGUGGCAAUGGAAGCUGCAAUGAUGCUAAGGAGGAAGUUAACAUGCUAACUGUGACAGCACCAGAAGGCAAUGCCAGAGGAGGGGGGAAUUUGUUGGAGAUGUUGCCAGAAAACAGAGAUGAAUCAAUUGCCAAUGAUACCAUGGUUCAGGAAAGUGAGGAAGAUGAAAUCGUGUCUGUUACAGAUGACAAUAAUGGAUAUAUUAGUGAGGAUUUGUCAAGUUCGAAUGUAGGGUCUCAAAUAAUCUUGCCCGAUAUUGUGGAAAUUGAAAACAUUGGUCAUGCUCAGAUUGUUGCUAAAGCUAUUAUCUUGGUGGAAUCAAGUAUAGGGCAGGCACCUCCUGGUGAACUUAUUGUGGCAGCAGUGAGCCCAGAUUUGAAGAUAUCUGGUAAAUCUGAUUUAAAGGCCUCUGCAAUGGUUUUCCAGUCACACGUGGAGAAGAAUGUCAGUAAAGCAGGCCAUCGAAGUGUCUUUGAGCUGGAAUGUAUUCCCCUUUGGGGUUCUGUAUCUAUUUGUGGAAAAAGACCAGAAAUGGAAGAUGCCAUUGCUGCCGUACCUCAAAAUUUGAAAAUUCCAAUCAAAAUGCUAAUUGGUGAUCGUUUGAUUGAUGGAAUAAAUCAGAGUUUGACACACAUAACUAGUCAUUUUUUUGCUGUUUAUGAUGGCCAUGGGGGCUCUCAGGUUGCAAACUAUUGUCGUGAGCGCGUCCAUCUGGCUUUGGCUGAAGAGAUUGGAGUCUUUAAAGACAGUUUAAGUAGUGGAGGAACAGGGGAAAAUCAGCAGCUGCAGUGGGAGAAAGCCUUUACUAGUUGUUUCAAAAAAGUUGAUGAUGAAAUUGGAGGAAAAGUUAGUAGAGGCAUCAAUGGAAGCAAUGGAGAUGCUUCUGACCCUAUUGCUCCAGAAACUGUUGGAUCAACAGCUGUGGUUGCAUUAAUAUGUUCGUCUCAUAUUAUAGUUGCAAACUGUGGUGACUCAAGAGCUGUCCUUUGUCGGGGGAAAGAACCCAUUGCUUUAUCAAGUGAUCAUAAACCAAAUAGAGAAGAUGAAUAUGCAAGGAUUGAAGCAUCUGGAGGCAAGGUCAUACCGUGGAAUGGUCAUCGUGUCUUUGGGGUUCUUGCAAUGUCAAGGUCCAUUGGUGAUAGGUAUUUGAAACCAUGGAUUAUUCCAGAACCGGAAGUCAUGUUUCUUCCUCGAGCUAGAGAGGAUGAAUGCCUUAUUUUAGCCAGUGAUGGUUUGUGGGAUGUGAUUUCAAACGAAGAAGCUUGUGCAGUGGCUCGAAGGCGGAUUCUGCUCUGGCACAAAAAGAAUGGGAUUGCAUCUCUUCUUGAGAGGGGUACGGGAAUUGAUCCUGCAGCGCAAGCAGCAGCUGAUUACCUUUCAAUGCUUGCCCUCCAGAAGGGAAGCAAGGAUAACAUAUCUGUGAUUGUGGUGGACUUGAAAGCACAAAGGAAGUUCAAAAGCAAGUCUUAGUGGAGAAACUUCAGCAUGAUAGUUGAAGUCUCUUCCCUAUAUAUAUUAGAGAAAGUACAUCUGCUUAAUACAGAGUCUGGUCCAUUCCUUUUUCUUUAUGGGCUUAAUGUGUGUUCAAGUAUAGAAAGUUAUAUGUACUAUGGUAACUUUGAUGGAGUGCCAUUAUCUCUGUCUUGGUCUGUCUUGCCGAGAUUGAGUUUUUGUAAAUUUUGAAAGGCUGCAAGUAGGGAGAGAAAUUUUCAA